CUGCUUCAUCAGUGAGUAGGUGGAGUAUGGUCGCGUGCACCAACAAAGCACGUGUACUAGUUACCAGCCAAUUCUGUCUCUUUCGUUAUCUUCGUCUGAAAUUUUUGUCUUGUCUUUAAAUCAGCUUCGGCGAUCCUUGAGUCACACAAGAUGGUCAGGGAAGACAAGGCCACAUGGAAGUCCAACUACUUCGUCAAACUCAUUGAAAACUUGAAUGAGUUUCCCAAGUGCUUCAUCGUAGGUGUUGACAAUGUCGGCUCCAAGCAGAUGCAGGCUAUCCGUGCCUCUCUACGAGGACAUGGUGUUGUCCUCAUGGGCAAGAACACCAUGAUCCGCAAGGCCAUCAGAGGACACUUGGAGAAAGAUCCCGGUCUGGAGAAACUCCUUCCUCACAUGAAGGGCAAUGUUGGUUUUGUGUUCACCAAGGGAGACUUGUUGGAAGUCAGAGAGUUGAUCCUUUCAAACAAGGUUGCUGCCCCAGCCAAGGCCGGUGCUCUUGCACCCAUCGAUGUGUUCAUUGAUGGCCACAACACUGGUUUGGGACCCGAGAAGACCUCCUUCUUCCAGGCUCUCUCCAUCGCCACCAAGAUCGCCAGGGGAACCAUUGAAAUCUUGAACAGGGUACAUCUGAUCAAGAAGGAUGAGAAGGUAGGAGCUUCUGAGGCUACCCUGCUUCAGAUGUUGAAGAUCUACCCAUUUUCAUAUGGUCUCCAGAUUCGCCAAGUGUACCAGGAUGGCUCUGUAUUCCACCCCAGCAUCUUGGAUAUUACCGAUGCAGACAUUCAUGCAAAGUUCAUUGCCGGCGUCGCCAACGUGGCCGCACUCUGCCUGCAGAUUGGCUAUCCAACCCUCGCCAGCGUACCUCACUCCAUUGUCAAUGGCUUCAAGAACGUCCUGGCUAUUGCUGUGGCAACAGAGAUCACAUUCCCCCAGGCAGAACAAGCAAAGGCCUUCCUAGCUGAUCCAUCAGCAUUCUUGGCAGCAGCUGCGGCGUCUGCUCCGGCGGCUGCUGAGGAAACGAAGGAAGAAGAACCCAAGAAGGAGGAAUCCGAGGAGGAAUCCGAUGAUGACAUGGGAUUCGGACUCUUUGACUAGCCAACUUGCGGGGGCCUCUCUCUCAUCGACUCACUAUCUUACAGUAAAAUGGGACAAGAACAACCUCAACCUUCUGAUGAGUUAAUGAUAAAUUGGUGCACAUUUGAAGGCUAGUAGACUUUUGGUCUGCUUUGCCACUCACCAUCAUUCCAUGAACACUUUCAAGAAAAUAUCUUCUGCAAGUUACUGAUGGCAGUCCAUCUUCUGCAUGUGAACUCUUGUUUUGGUAAAGACGGAGCUUACGGCUUCAAUUCCAAAGUUGUUCAUUUCUCAGUAUUUUUCCUCGUCCCUUUUUACUGCAUGUUUGUGAUAGCAAGCAUAUGGGAUGAACAUUUAAGUUUCAAUGUGUGAUGAGAUGAAUAAAUUAUACCAACUACAAUUCA